AGCUGACCGGGCCCGGGGCCGCGGCUACAAAGGGGGGGGCGCGGGCGGGGUGGGGCGGGCGGCUGCGAGCGGGGACGGCUCCGAGCUGCGGCCGCCAUGGGGCCCCGCGUCCUGCUGCUGCUCCUCGCCGCCCUGCUGGGGCCAUGCGCUGCCCUCAUACGGAUCCCCCUGACCAAGUUCCCUUCCAUGCGCCGUGUCCUGACCGAGGUGGGCAGCGAGAUCCCCGACAUGAAUGCUGUCACCCAGUUCCUCAAGUUCAAGCUGGGCUUUGCCGACCUGGCCGAGCCCACGCCGGAGAUCCUGAAGAACUACAUGGACGCCCAGUAUUAUGGUGAGAUUGGCAUCGGGACCCCUCCGCAGAAGUUCACCGUGGUCUUCGACACCGGCUCCUCCAACCUGUGGGUGCCGUCUGUGCACUGUCACCUGCUGGACAUCGCCUGCUUGCUCCACCACAAGUACGAUGCCUCCAAAUCCAGCACCUACGUGGAGAACGGCACCGAUUUUGCCAUCCACUAUGGGACAGGGAGCCUCUCGGGAUACCUGAGCCAGGACACAGUCACGCUCGGGAACUUGAAAAUCAAGAACCAGAUCUUUGGGGAGGCCGUGAAGCAGCCAGGCAUCACCUUCAUCGCUGCCAAGUUCGAUGGCAUCCUGGGCAUGGCAUUCCCCAGGAUCUCUGUGGACAAGGUCACUCCUUUUUUCGAUAAUGUCAUGCAGCAGAAGCUGAUUGAGAAAAACAUCUUCUCCUUCUACCUGAACAGAGACCCCACAGCUCAGCCAGGCGGCGAGCUGCUGCUUGGGGGCACUGACCCCAAAUACUACAGCGGCGACUUCAGCUGGGUGAACGUCACACGCAAAGCCUACUGGCAGGUCCACAUGGAUGCGGUGGACGUUGCCAACGGGCUGACUCUGUGUAAGGGGGGCUGCGAGGCCAUCGUGGACACGGGCACCUCGCUCAUCACCGGCCCCACCAAGGAGGUGAAGGAGCUGCAGACAGCCAUCGGUGCGAAACCACUCAUCAAGGGCCAGUAUGUGAUCCCCUGUGAGAAGGUGUCAUCUCUGCCCGUUGUCACGCUCACGCUGGGAGGGAAGCCCUACCAGCUCACUGGAGAGCAGUACGUCUUCAAGGUUUCUGCACAAGGAGAGACCAUCUGCCUGAGUGGGUUUUCAGGCCUGGACGUCCCACCUCCUGGUGGCCCACUCUGGAUCCUGGGGGAUGUCUUCAUCGGUCCCUACUACACUGUCUUUGACCGUGAUAACGACUCUGUGGGCUUCGCCAAAUGUGUCUAAGCGCCUGACCCCCCCACUGCCUCCGCCAUACACACACUUGCACACACAGGAGCUGUAGAGAAAGGUUACCAGGAUUAGAAACCCAGUCAGUGGACGAGAAAAAAUUGAACUAGGUUAUAAGUUAAUCAGGAAAAUAGUCAUUGUUAGUGCCCUGCUGGCUACUUCUUCCCCUCUGAGUAAGUGGUGCUGGGACAUCUUGAGCUGAUAAUGCCACUGGAGUAGCCCCUCUCCUUACUGUUGUAUCUCCCAGUAUUUAAGAUUGAGAAAAAUUGUUCAGCUUUAAGAAUCAAUGUCCCCCUGCACUGGUCUCACUCCUGGGGAGGCAGCUGGCUGGCCCUGCUCCUGCAGAGGAGCAUGGGGCUUCUUCACUGGGGGAGAAGGAUGGAGACAGCUAUCCCAUGUGUUAGGUUGUACUUCUGGUUUGUCACUGAAGUGGGGGAGUGGAAGGAGGAGUCCUUCACCCCUCUGGGUGAGGAAGCAAUUGCUAGACCUCUUCUCAAUGAGUUCAUAGAAUCAUAGAAUAUCCCGAGUUGGAAGGGACCCAUAAGGAACAUCAAGUCCAACUCUUGGCACUGCACAGGUCUGCCCAAAAGUUUAGAUCAUGUGACUGUAUGCACAGUCCAAACACUUAAAUUCAGACAGGCUCGGUGCAGUGACUACGUCCCUGGGGAGCCUGUUCCAGUGUGCAGCCAUCCUCUCGGUGAAGAACCUCUUCCUGAUGUCCAGCCUGAACUUCCCCUGCCUCAGCUUAACACCAUUCCCGUGGGUCCUAUCACUGGUGUUUACAGAGGAUAGGUCACCUGCCUUCCACUCCCCCUUGUGAGGAAGCUGUAGACCAUGAUGAGGUCCCCCCCCAGCCUCCUCUUCUCCAGGCUGAACAGGCCCAGAGCUGGCGCUGACUUGGUCCUGAGAGAGCAUAUCCUGGGCUGGAGCAGUGGGGGAACAUGGAGCAUGCACAGGGGUUGAAUUUUGGAGUCCAAAGGCUCUGUUAGUGUGUCUUUUGUGUUGUGAUGACACUAGUGAGAGCUGGGGGUGUGAUGCGAGCGUGCCUGGCUCCAGCCUUUUAGAUGUAACAGGGCAGGGGUUUGUAGGGGGGGCUCCAACCAAUGGGACUCUUCAGGGAGUAAGAAUACAAGGGGGGGGUCACAAUAUUUAAUAAAAGUCACUUAAUUUCAUGUCCCUAAAAGUCCAGCUGUCUUCUGGAGGCUGAGCAAAGCCACUUGGCACAAGUUCUCUUGGGUUUGGUGAAUUUCUUCCAUGUUUUUCCUCCUUAACUUCAGCUGGAGGCAGUGAGUUGAAGGUAAUGUUUCCCAAAGCAGUUAAGUGAUCUACAAGCUUAAAUCACAUGAGACUUUUGGAAACGUUGUCCUCGGUGUUUAACUGCCCCAGACUUGAGAGACAGUUGGCAAAGGCAGCGAGGCUUCCAGGCAGGAGGGUGCCAUGGAGGCUGUGGGCUUGCAUUUGCUCCUUCUUCCACUGCCCAGUCCCAAAACCCAGGUUUUAACACCCCUGUACCUGGUAUGUCAUUCCCAUGUAAUUAAUAGUGAGAGCUCUGUUCAUUUACCUUCUGUGCUGCAGACCAAGUGAGGUGCAUGCCUGCUUUGGGGAGGUGGGAGCUGAAGCUGUGCUCACAUUCAUGCCUUCUUCCUGGAGAUCCAGGAUCUGCACGUACAGAGCAGCUUGCUUCACAGGGGUUGGCAUCAGUAGGCAUACACUGGGUGAACAAGGAGACAAGUGCUGUGAAGAUGAUCAGGUGUCCUGAAGUCAUAGAGAGCAGAACAGAGCUUCACGAGGCUCCCAGUCCAUGCUGAGGGAGAGAAGGCAGUCAUGUUGGUUUCCCAGUGCUUUGGAUCAGGUCCUGAGGUUAGGGAGGUGGGAGAGCUGAGGGUUGCAAGAGAGCCAGAUCACCACAAGAGAUGGCCCCAGACUGGACAGAACAGCUGGUGAAAUCCCAGCUAGGGGUUUUGUAGGAGCACCUACCCUGCAGAUGUCCCUGUGUCCCCACCUACUGCAGCUUUGUAACCUAAAACUCAUGCCAUGGAGGGGUCUGGCAUGGGCAGUAGGGACAGACCUGAGCACACUCCUAAUGCAUCCAUUGUCCCGUGUAACCCUGGGUGUGAUGUCUGCUGCUUCCAAAGCUUGCUUUUGCCUGCUCUUAGACCUGUACCUUGGAUCUGGAUGCCUGAGGACAUCUGUUACAGACAGAACAGCAUGCUACUGAAAAAAAAAAAUAGAUGCUGUAAAAUCAACAGGCUAUUCCAGCACCUCUCCAGAGAGCACACUUUCCGCAUUAAGUGCCCUGAGCACCUCGAGGUCCUGCUGAAUAAUCCCUGAGCUGCAGGAUUCAUCCAGCACAGCGAGAUGGCAUCUGGGUACCUGUUAAUCAGAGCUGGUGUGGCGUGGGCGGUGGGUUUGGGAUGUGUUCUGCAUCAGAUCUCAGUGGGAAGUGCAGAACUGUGCCAUCAGCCAGCGGUCCUGGGGGGCUGCAAUGCCUCAUGAUGCUCUCGGGGUAGCCUCCAGGGGAACCUGGCACUGGGCUGGUGCCUGUCCUCAGCCAGGGGUGACUGCCUGAGGAUGGAGCAUGGCCCAAAACCAUGCCCUGGGUGACAUAUCGUUUGUAGGGCAGGCUGGAGGAGCAGUUCAUCUGAUGUGACUGCAUUUGCCUGUACAAAUCAUAGCCUGCACUGAGCUGGGUCUCCUCCCCUUGUUCUUUUAUCUGCAUUUUUAAACCAAACUCUAACUGCGUGACUUUUUUUAAUCUAAUUUGCUGUCAGAAUUACUGUCUCAUCCUAGGAAAUUGAAAAGGAAAUACAGUGUUUUCCCCCUUAA